ACAUAAGCUCAAUGGACAAAAUUUAUCUAUGACUAUGACAGAAAAAUAUUUUUGUAGGUUAUAUGUUUAUUUUACCAAAUAUUGUAAAGUGAUUUAGUUUUACCUAUAAUAAUUCUUUUUUAAUCCAUAAGCAAUCUGAUGUGUGUUUAUCUUGUUUAAAAUUAAUUCAAUUAAUAAUGUCGAGAUUUAGUGGAGCUUUGCAAUUAACAGAUUUAGAUGAUUUUAUAACACCUUCUCAGGAAUGCAUUAAACCAGUUAAAAUUGACAAAAAUGGGAAGAGUAAUACAGGAUCAAAAGUAAAAAUACAAGGAGAUGGAUAUUUUCAAAUUGAUGAAGAUGGAAGCUUCCAAAAGUUACAAAAAGUAGAAAUAAGUUUAUCCGACUGUUUAGCAUGUUCUGGUUGUAUAACAUCUGCUGAAAGUGUUUUAGUUUCACAGCAGAGUCAAGAAGAAUUGUUAAAAGUAUUUGAAGAAAAUAAACGCUUUAAAGAGAGUGAUAAAUAUGAAGAUUCUAAAGUUAUUAUUGUUAGUUUAUCUAUUCAGCCAAUAUUGUCUUUGGCAAUCCGUUUUAAUUUAUCCCCAAAUAAUUGUGCUGCAAAACUUUGUCAAUAUUUUAAACAACUAGGUGCAGAUAUGGUAGUGGAUAUGACAUUAGCUGAUGAUUUUGCAAUUAUUGAAGCUCAAAAAGAAUUUAUAAAUAGAUACAGAACAUCUGAGGAUAAUAGUGUGAAUAAUAUCUUGCCAAUGUUAGCAUCAAGCUGUCCAGGAUGGGUUUGUUAUGCUGAAAAAACUCAUGGUAAUUACAUAUUACCAUAUAUUUCUACAACGAAAUCACCACAACAGAUUAUGGGCUCUUUAAUCAAAGAUUGGGUCUGUCAACAGUUGGGAAAUCCUAAUAUAUAUCAUGUGGCUGUAAUGCCCUGUUAUGACAAAAAAUUGGAAGCCUCUCGGGGAGAUUUCUUUUCUGAAACUACACAAAGUAGAGAUGUGGAUUGUGUUAUUACUGCCCUUGAAUUAGAACAAAUGUUAUCCAAAGAAAAUUUUAAACUUGAGGAUUUAGAAGACGGUAAAUUUUCUCAACCUUGGUUACCUGGCGAAAAAGAUAUUAUUCCAUCAUUGAUAAAACAUAUUGGAUCUGGAUCAGGAGGAUAUGCUGAUCACAUUUUUAAAUAUGCUGCUAAGGAAUUGUUUGGAAAAGACUGUGAUAAUUUAGAAUAUAAAUGUUUGAGGAAUCAAGAUUUUAAAGAAGUCCUUUUGGAACAGGAUGGUAAAGUUGUUUUGAGGUUUGCUAUUGCUAACGGAUUCAGGAAUAUACAGAAUUUAGUACAGAAGUUAAAAAGAGGCAAAUCUCAAUAUCAUUAUGUUGAGGUUAUGGCUUGUCCGUCAGGUUGUUUGAAUGGAGGGGCACAGGUCAGGCCUAAAAAUGGUGUAACAAUCAAAGAUCUUUUGUCGGAAAUCGAUUGUUUAUAUAAUUCACUACCGAUUCAUUUUCCCGAAAAUAAUCAAAUUAUAAAAAAAUUGUAUGAUACUUGGUUGGGAGGUGAAGAUAGCGAUAAAUGUUUUGGUAUUCUACACACCAAUUACCAUGCAGUAGAGAAAUCUAUAAACGCAUUGAAUAUCAAGUGGUAAAAUAUAAUUUAAAUCCAAAUACUGUAAUUAAUUAAUUCAGAUAGAUUGCUCAAACCCAAACUGGUGUAUUUCGUUUUAAAAAAUAGUUCUCUAAUGGGUAUGGGGAAUAGUCCCAAUAUAUUUUUAAAGAAUAAACUUUGAAUCUAAAAGUAACAAAUAUUAAAGUAAAAACGACAUUCCAUCAUAUUCAUUUUUUCCUCUCCGUUAUUUAUUUAGAGUAUACAGAAAAAUAUUUAAUAUAACAAUUGCGUUAUUGUUAAAAAAGUUCUACCACACACACGAUACAAGGAGGAAGCUUUGAUCUGCAAUUAUUAUACUCGAUGAAUAGCAGGUUUACGGUCACUUAUGAAUAGUUAAAAAUUGGUUGAGUAGCAGUGACUGCUGAAAUGUGCGAAAUACACUUACCAACGAGUUAUGUACACUAUUUUUCUUACGACCACGUAAAAAAUUUUUCAAAAAAAACGUAGAGGAAAGUGGUUACCCUUUGUACGCUUUUUAGAUUUUAUUUUUUUAAAUUAUGAUAAAUUAUCGAAUUUAUCUAGUUUAUAUACCCAAGUGUAAAAAAUAUAUUGUAAUUUGUUACAAAAAAUCCGAAACUGUUAUUUCAAAAGGUAAAAGAG